AUGCAUAAUCUGAUUCAGAUUCUGAAAUUAUUGUUGUUCUUCGUUUUAAUGAGACUUUAAGUAUUAGAUAAAUAAAUGUUAUAAGUUUAAAUGAAGAAUCAACAGAAAAUUAAAUAAAAGGCUAUAUAAAUAUUUUAAGUGUUAAUUUUGGUCUCAUAGAAACACUAAGUAUGAAUAUAAUUUAUUAAUAGUAAUUUACAUUAAUUCCAAAUUUUGAUGGUUUAUUUGGUAAUGCUUUUAAGGUAUCAAAAUUUUUCAAUGUUAAUAAGCUUAUUUUAUACAUAAAAUCAACAAAAAUGAUCCUAUCAGAAUAUGUUAUAUUGGAUUAAAAGGUAUUAAAAACAUAUUAAUCAAAAUAACUUGCAAAUACUAUUUAUGAAUUAAAUUCAAUAGCAAAGAAAUUGAUCCUGAUAAAGUUGUAUUUGAUAAUAUUUUGA